AUGACCGACGUAUCCACAACACCAACCACCCCCCACCUCCUCCAAAGGCUAACCUCACUGACAAACACACUAACAACCCUCCUAAGCGAAUCACGCAAGAACACUCUCGCGCAGAAGCGCACACACAAGCUCCUCCUACGGCUAGAAUCACUAUCCCUCGAGAACGCUUGGAUCCGGCACACAUUCCCCACGACGCCCGUGCUCACAGAUGACUUUUUUGGCGGGGACGUUGAGGGUGAUGCGGAUGCGCUACGAGAAGAAGGGGAGGCGGAGUUUGGGAGGAGGUAUGGGAUCACGAGGGGGUGUUUAGGAGGUAUUGGUUUGUUCUCCCCCCUGCCCUGCUAUGCUUUGCUGAAGAAGGGAUUGGGGGGCGGGGGUGGGGGCUAAUAUCAGAUAGUGCAUCGUGAUGUCUUAAGGGUUAUCUCGCGAAGGGGGAGUUUGGUCGUUGUCUGCGAUGGGGUGCUAAGCCGGGAGUGGGAGGACGUGUAUCGGAGGUUUUUGGAAGGGUGGUUGGGGAGGGGUAAUGGCGAGGGUGCUCUCACGGAGGAGGAGAUGAAGGCCCUGGAUUGGCUGUUGGAAUACGUGCCCAAGGAGGGUGGUGGUGGUGAGCAGGGUGUCCUUAAUGCCGCGGAUGCCGGAGGAAUAAUUGACGGACGGUGGGAGGAAGGGAGGUUUACUCGGUGUGAGUGACGUGCGAUGACUUUUCUGUCCCCACCCCACCAAAUCCUCCCACAAUACUUGUGUCUAGGGAAUCACUUUUUUUUUUUACAAGGCUGGGAUGGGAUGUGGGAUAGGAUGGGGCUGUUAAGCAUAGCAUACCGUAGAGUGCGCUGCGUCGUUCGAGUCGCUCCCUUUUGGCAAGGUCUGGUAUUUUUUUUAAUGCUUUUUUUUUUUUUUUUACGCGCCUGUUCCAGAGAAGGAAAUUUUGGACUACCUAGCCGGCACACGUUCUGAUCAUUCGAGGUAUCAUGCCGGUGUAAUCAGAGAUCCUUAAUUCAAUCUCAGCACUUCAUAAGACGCGGUCAUAAGGGAAAAAUUAAAAAUAAAAAUUUGGCUAAUUAA